GAGAAAUUCAAAAUUUUCAAAAACUUAGCAAAGUUUAAAUAAAAAUAGGAAUUCUGAGGUUUUUAAGAGUUAUUUGUUAUCUUUUAUUGCACAAAAAGCGAAAUUAAAAAAGUGAAAAAUGAGUUCAGAAGAUAAAAAUAUUGAACAGAUGAAUGAUGAAAACAUUGAUGAAUCGCCAACAGAGACUGAAAAUCCAAUAGAACAAAAUCCACAAGAUGUUGAAAAGCAGGAAGAAGAGAAACUGAAAGCGAAAUAUCCACAUGCUGUUGGUGGACGUCCAGUCGGUGGACAUUCAGCAUUUCUUCAAAAAAGGUUACAAAAGGGACAAAAGUAUUUCGAUAGUGGUGAUUAUCAAAUGGCUAAACAAAAGACUGGGGGUAUUAAACAGAUUUUUGCAAAUAAAGUACCAACAGGGGAAGCCAUUCCAACACCCGAAUCAGUUCCAAUUCGAAAAACAUCAAUUAUUCAAGCAUGUAACAAACAUCAACAGCCAUACACAAACAGCAGUUAAUUUAUCACGGAAACAUAAUAUACUUACUUAUAUUAAUGGAUAUCCCCUCUUUGUUUCAUCAGUCUUUAUCUAUUCCUUUCCCUUUUUUUUAGUACUUGCUUAAUGUUCAAUUAAUUAAUUUCUCAUUCGUAAUUUUCUUUUUUUAUCGUCAUUAAAUAAUAUUUGGAAAAAUCGAGG